AUGGCAAUGAAGAGACAAAGAAACAACGAAGGAACAGCAGACAACAUCGACGUAGCAAAUUGCUUAAUGCUCCUCUCUUGUCCACAACAAGAAAAAGCCUUUGAAACCGGAGUAUACGAGUGCAAAACAUGCAACAAAAAAUUCUCAUCUUUUCAAGCACUUGGUGGCCAUAGAGCUAGUCACAAGAGAAUGAAGCUAGCUGAAGGAGAAGAGCUUAAAGAACAAGCUAAGUCUCUUAGUUUAUGGAACAAACCCAAAAUGCAUGAAUGUUCUAUAUGUGGUAUGGGAUUUUCCUUGGGUCAAGCAUUGGGAGGACACAUGAGAAAACAUAGAGCUGCCAUGAGUGAAGGGUUUUCUUCUAUCAAUCAGAUUAUUGCUAAAAUUCCAGUUUUGAAGAGAUCGAAUAGUAAGAGAGUUAUGGGAUUUGACUUGAAUUUAACACCUUUGGAGAAUGAUGACUUGAUGCUUGGAAUGAAGUUACCUUUAACACCAAUUCCUCUUUCUUUGUUUUGA